UGUCUACCUAUAUCUGCUAUCAAGUCCACACGACAAAUUGGUCUCGCAAGCAUUCACCAGUAUGUCCACGCCAGAAGCUACAGGAACUCGACAGAGAGUCAACAAGACCGAUGGCGAGACUGAGAACCCAGCGUCCCUCAGUACAGACUCUAAACGCAAAGUCCCGCAGAACAAACCAGCUGUGAAGCCUCCCUUCGCCGAUGUCUCGUUCGGACGAUUUAUGACAUACCUCGUCAUGGCGCUCGCUGCACUUGGUGCAUUCUACGGAUGGAGAUUCACCGUCUGGGCAGCAGAAGCUGGAGGUUACUGGAACCUCAUCACAGGAAGACACGCACCAGCUACGAGACUCAGCGAAGGAGCUAUCAACGCGGCAGCGAAAGCGGCUUCCAAGGCAAAGGCAAAGAGCUCUGGCUCCGGCUCUGGAGGUGGUCAAACGGAUAUAGAGUCCCAGAUCAUCUCAUUGGCUAGCGCUCUAGGUAUCAAGCCUGCAGACUUGUCGUCCGCUAUCCGUCCAUUGAUCGACCCAACUGCGCCGAACCCCGCUGAAGUAGCUAGACGAGAAGCCGAGCUCAAAGCCAAGAGUGCUUCUGGGGACGCCAAAGCGGAGAAGAAGGGGCCGGGUCUCCUAGCCCAGAUCGAAGAGAUCGUACUGGACUAAGCUCAUAACAAUCAAUUGAAACAGCCUUA